GCAAAAAAACGUAUUGUCUUCUCUCUUUGCUCGCGCUUGCUCUCUCUUCUUCUUUUGUCUUUCCCUUUCCGGUUGUGUUUAUCUUUCGUCUCUGUCUGUAAAUCUUCUUUUAUCAUUCAUUCACUAUUUUAACAAUCGAACCAAGAAACGUCUCUUCUCCUUCUUCUUCUCUCAUUAUAAAGACCAGAUUUUUUUUACUCAAUCGCAGUCUCUCUCUCUCUCUCUCUCUCUCUCGCACUCUGUUCUGUUUUUGGUGAACCUCAUUCUUACUCGUGUUUGGCAAAUCCAAAACCGAGAGAAACCCAUUUCGUUUCCAUCUUCUAUUUCUAGAAAAAUCUCAUCUUUCUGGAAACCGAGAUCCACGAAACCCGCAUUUCGUCUCGCAAAUCUCAUUUUCUUCGGUUUAAAUCUCGAAAAUUCGGAAGAUUCAGAGACACCUCCUCAAUCAAAGUGGCUUUUGAGAAUGGAAGCAGCUGAAACGUCUUGGACUAAUUAUCCCUACAGCUACAUUACAUAUGUCCCUGAAGCUGAAUCAUCAUACUCUGAACAGAGCGACGACGAUACCAAAGUCGAUACCUUUUCAAUGGAUUCACUUCUCCCCGAUGAUUUACUAGAACGGAUCCUCUCGUUUCUCCCCAUUGCAAGCAUCUUCAGAGCUGGCACUGUCUGCAAAAGAUGGAACGAGAUUGUGUCUUCACGAAGGUUCUUAUGGAAUUUCUCCAACAACUCGGUUCCUCAAAGGCCUUGGUACUUCAUGUUCACUACCACUGAUGAUCCAUCGGGUUAUGCUUAUGACCCCAUUAUCCGGAAAUGGUACAGUUUCGACCUCCCUUGUAUCGAAACCUCGAACUGGUUUGUUGCUUCCUCUUGUGGAUUGGUUUGUUUCAUGGACAACGACUGCAGAAACAAGAUCUAUGUCUCUAAUCCAAUUACCAAACAAUGGAGAAGACUUCUCGAACCUCCUGGUCACAGAUCAACAGAUUACACCGCAAUGUCAACUUGCGUGAACCGAGCAAGCCAAGCAAACCAAGCGGUGAACCGCGCACAGAGGAGUUACUUAGUCUCGAUAGUGAAAUCGAAGCAAGUUCCAGGGAACUUCUUCCAAUGGGACCUCUCUAUUCAUCUCUACAGCUCAGAGACAAUGACUUGGACGACUUCAGUAACUGAUGUCUUAUCCGGAUGGAGAGGAGGAAACGAGAGUGUGAUCUGCGACGGUGUUCUAUACUUCUUGAUCUACUCCACGGGAGGAUCUGAUCAUCGCCACGGCUUGAUAGCUACCAAUGUAUCCUCAGUCGGAUCAUCCUCAAGCGGAGGAAUCUUGAUGAGGAGUUUCAUACCAAUGCCGUGUUCUUUAACCUGCGGGAGACUGAUGAAUCUAAGAGAGAGGCUAGUGAUCGUUGGAGGAAUAGGUAAACACGAUCGACCAGAGGUUAUAAAAGGAAUUGGGAUUUGGGUUUUGAAAGGUAAAGAAUGGGUAGAGAUGGCCAAAAUGCCUCAAAGAUUCUUCCAAGGAUUUGGUGAAUUCGACGACGUGUUCGCGAGUAGUGGUACUGAUGAUAUGGUUUACAUUCAAAGCUAUGGAUCUCCAGCGUUACUCACGUUCGACAUGAACCUCAAGUAUUGGAAAUGGUCUCAGAAAUGUCCUGUUACCAAGAAGUUUCCUCUUCAGCUCUUUACUGGGUUUUGCUUCGAACCAAGACUCGAGAUUGCUCCAUAGUUUUGCAAACGAUUGAGAACAACGUCUUGGGGUUCCUUUUUUUUUUUUUAAUCUCUCUACUGGAUUGUUUUUUGCACAGAGAAAAUCGCCGGCGGCUUUGAUGAGAGAUGAUACGGACGGUAAUGUUUUUUAAAAAUUAUAUUGGAAAAAAUGUAUUGUUUAUUUGCAAUUUGGUACUCUAUUGAUUAUAAGAUUUAUGAAUGAGCCCCAGAUACUUUUAUUUGAUCAAUCGAAUCCUUUUUUAAUCUCUUCCUUGGCUAUGUGACAUUGUGUGGCCCACAAUAUCUCAAGUAAAUGGGUCGGCCGGUCGGAUACUGAAACUGAAGGUUGUCUUGUUGCUGUUCCUCGAGGAUAAAUUUAUGAAUCUUGUACUUUUUUUAAUUUAUUUUUACAGUUAAUUUAAGAACUACUACUAUAGCUGUAAAUUGGUUUUAAAUGUUUUUGUACUUGUAUUUUUUUUAAAAAAAUUGGGACCUAUUUUACGUGA